AUUCAUUUUUUUAGACUAUCCUGGUCUCCCUUUACCUCACUCGGGCCCCUUGUCUCCCUUUUUUUUGUGUGUUGCAGCAGAAAACCUUCGAAGAUUGUGCUCGCCAUUUUUCAAACUUCUCCCACCUGAUGUCUUUCCACUGCAUUGGAACAGCUAUUGAUAAUUCAAUCGGGGAUCUGGACUACAGAACGUACAUUCCCUUCUAAGACAAGCUGUUCCUCGCUGCUCCGGCCGUUCAUCCUUUAACAACUGACAUCAUAACAAGGAAACUAUAACUGUAUGCCCAUGACGUCCUGAAUCAUGUGCCAGAGGAAGUCAGGACAUCGUCACCUAAAGGGUGUGAGCUUCCAGUUUCCCAUGGCUCUACAGGAGUUGGGCAUAAGUCUGUCCAUGGCGGGUGUCGCUGGUACCAUGUUGAUCUGUGGCCUGCCCAUGUGGAAGGUCACCGCAUUCAUCGGCACCCAUUUGGUGGUAAUGCAAGUGUUCUGGGAAGGCCUGUGGAUGACCUGCGUCAGUGAGUACACCGGUCAGAUGCAGUGCAAGCUCUACGAUGCCCUCCUGGACCUUUCACCUGAACUCCAGGCAACCCGCGGCCUUAUUUGCGUCAGCAUGGUGUUGGGAUGUUUGGGGUUUCUCAUCUUUAUCCUGGGAGCUCGGUGCACCAACUGCCUGAGCCACCCCCGAAUCAAAGCCCGGGUGGUGCUCAGCUCUGGGGUCAUCUUCUGCCUCUCAGCCCUCACUACAAUAGUAGCUGUCGCUUGGACCGCCAACACCAUCAUCACAGAUUUCCACAACCCCAGAGUACCUGAGGUGCUAAAGAGAGAGCUUGGAGCAGCCAUUUACAUAGGAUUUGUAACAUCUGGGCUGCUCUUCUGUGGAGGCGCCAUUCUUUGUGCAACCUGUCCACAAGAGAGAUCCAGAUUCCCCUCCAGUGGGUACCAGUUAGCCAAGACUCCCACACGAAGCAGCUAUGCCAUCAAAAACUAUGUAUGAAGACAGGAACCUAGACAACAAGACACAAAAACUGAAAUCUUGUUCACCUUAAGAUUUAUUUUGUUUAUGCCUAUUAUGAUGCUUUCUGCUUAAUUACAAUCUCUGUGUAGUAAGUAAAAAUAGAUCUAAAUAAAAGAUCAUUAAGAAACAUCUUUGGGUCUUUUCAGAUCAUCAUUUCUAAAAUAUAUAUAAUCUAUCCCAUCAGUGUUGCAGUUUUUUUUUAAGGAAAUGGUUAAAACACUACUUUACAGUGACCAGAGAGAGAAGAUAGCUGCCCUUCCUUUCUUGUUUCUAAAAAGCUUUCUUAUUAAUGUUUUCUGACUCAUGUAAUUUCCAUUCGAUAAUGGAAAGAUUAUACCAAAUAAGCCUAGAUCAGGGGUGCUCAAGUCCAGUCCUAAAGAGCUGUCGUCCGGUAACUUUUAGAUGCAUUUCUCCUCAAAUGCUGAAUCUAAAGGCUCAAUCCCCUCAUUUGGCUCAGAAUGGUAGGCAUGGUAACAAACCACUCAUUUGAUUCAGGGGUGUUAAAAAUGUCAAAUGUCAAAAAGUUGCUGGAUAGUAGCUUUUGAGGCGUGGAUUUAAGAAGCCCUGGCCUAGAUAGAUGAUCAGAAAGCUUAUGUCUAAGAAAGUGACAUUAAACUACUCAAUUAAUUUUCAUCUUGGCUUUUGUUUGUCAUCUAAGAAUUUGUGUUC